GCAGUUGACACGGAACACUUUGCGGUGGGACCGAGGGAGCGGAAGUUGUGUGCCUUGCUUGCUUGCGGAGGUCAAGUCGAUUCUUGUCAUCAGGGACAUUCAGGAUAAGUGUUGACUGGUGUGUUGACUGGUGUGUGUCAGUGAUCACAGAAUCAUGGCAAAGAAAAAGAGACUUCGCCUCAUAGCAGAAAUGGCUCGGAAGAUCCGGGCGUACCGAGAGCUGAAGUCCCGGCCGCGGGAGUCCCAGAAGUAUGCCAUGGACUAUGAGACGAUGAGGCGGCCUCAUACAGGGAAGAUGCUGCCUGUACUGGCCUGGCAGGAUGUCCGCAGGGAGAGCCGCCUCUUCUCCCUGCUGGCAGGCAUGAGGAUGUUCGGGGUGGGACGCCUCUUUACCCGCAAGUCCUGGCUGGAGGACCAUACAGAGCCCAGCUACUGGCAGAUCACCAAGGUCAAGGUGGACUACACAUCUGAGAACAUGGAUCAUGGCAAAGCAUGGGGAGUCCUCACCUAUAAAGGGAAACAGGAGAGCGAAGUCAAGGAGCUGGACAAGGUGAUGUACCACGACUGGCGCCUGGUUCCCAAACACAUGGAGCAGCAGUUCAAGGAUGCUCAGCCUCUCCCGGAGCCACCUGUGCGUUACGUCGCGUACCCUCCGCUGCUGCGCGCCAUGCUGCUCGCCCAACACAAGAAAACAUCCGGCAGUGUAAUGGCAGACGAGCCGGCUAUGCCUUUGCAGAGGGACGUCCUUCUCAACAAAGACUAUUUUCGCAGGCAAGAACAAGAGAAGCAGAGGACAGAGGGGACGCCGGUGUGAUACCAGGGUUGUGAAGCUGAAGGACAUUUUGGACUCAAUCAGUGUUGACAGAAGAAGAAAUAACGUCUUCUGUCAAAGCACUUUGGAAGCACUCGCCUCACCUGCUAAAUCCUGGACUCAGAUCAAUUCUCUGCUAUUGUCAUCUGGAGUCAAUCCUCUCUGUGUGUAAGAUAUAUCUGUGUAAUGUGCUAAAUAUUAAAUUGCUAAAAUAUGGCAACUAA